UUACGCGGGUACCGAGCUGCAGCGUUACGUCUCCUUCGCGGCGCACCAAACCGAAGUUCGGGGAGUGCUCCCCAUGGACACGCGCCUGGUUACCAUGGGAACGCAUGAGGUCAAAUGCUGGAAGCGGUCUGGUGUGCAGCAGAUGAAGUUGACGUCUGAAAAGAUCACCAACCUGCAAUGCCUGGCACCCACCCCGCGCAACGACAACGCUGUUAUCCUGGGGGGACGUACAGGUGGGCUGCAUGCGCAC